CUUUCCUUUCUUGAACACAAACCCAGUGUAUAUAUAUAUUUUAUCUUUUAUCUCUAUCACUUAAUUGGUGUGACUUUUAGUCUUAGCUCAUACCUAACAGGCUAACAACUCGGUUCAGGUACCUGACCAGCCACCUGCAUUUCCACAACAAGGUAAAGAAGAAACAACCCACAAGUACCAGCUCUUUCAUUUUUUAUUUUUGGGUACUGACUUUGCAUUUUCACGAGCUAUGAUUGGUAGACUUUUCUGGGUUUUCCAUAACUAGAUCUGUGCUAUAGCUAGGAUGGCGAGGGAGAAGAUCAAGAUCAAGAAGAUUGACAACGUGACGGCAAGGCAGGUUACUUUUUCCAAGAGAAGAAGAGGACUUAUUAAGAAAGCUGAAGAGCUUUCUGUUCUCUGUGAUGCCGAGGUUGCUCUCGUCAUUUUCUCUGCAACAGGAAAGCUCUUUGAGUUUUCCAGCUCAAGUAUGAAGGAAAUACUUGAAAGGUAUCAUCUGCACUCUAAUAGCCUUGAAAAAAUGGACCAGCCUUCUCUUGAACUGCAGCUGGAGAAUGGUAACCACGUUAGAUUGAGUAAGGAAGUGGCAGAUAAGACCAACCAACUAAGGCAGAUGAGAGGAGAGGAUCUCCAAGGAUUAAAUUUAGAUGACUUAGUGAAAUUAGAAAAAGUUCUUGAAGCCGGACUUAGCCGUGUGCUUGAGUCUAAGGAAGAGAAGAUUAUGAAUGAGAUUAGUGCACUUGAAAAAAAGGGAUCUCAGUUGUUGGAAGAGAACAAGCAACUAAAACAGAAGAUGAUGAUGUUGUCCAAGGGAAAAAGAUCCAGUCUUGUGGACUCGGACAUUAUGAUCCAAGAAGAAGGCAUGUCAUCGGAUCAGUCUGUCACCAAUGUCUAUAGCUGCAACAGCGGUCCUCCUCCAGAGGACGAUAGUUCUGAUACAUCUCUUAGAUUAGGGCUUCCCUUCUCUAAUUGAAGCUGGAGAAAAAUGGAGCAGACUGAUGAUGAAUAAGGCUGAGAACUGGUCAUAUUAAAAUGUUUUUAUGUAACUAAGUUUAGUUAAAAUGGAAGAAGUGACUAUGGAACUUGUCUCUCCCUUGUGGCUGAUGUGGUUGUUUUUUGUAUUUUAUGCAUAUGAAUUAACUACUUCAUUCAGCAGUUUGCAGUCAGAACUCCUGGUUGCUAGUGUUAAAUUAAUUAAUGACUUUAGGGGAUAUUGAAGGAA